GGAUUUGUAUUGUAUGCGAUUGAGGACUCCUGAGUUCAUGCAAGACGGAUCAAACCCGGGAAACAUGGGGAGAUAGAGGGUUUUACGCUGUAGCACGGGACCGGAAAUUGGCGGGUAAACUAUUUCCUUAAUCACGUUUAAAGCCUAGUUUUUAUAAAGCCAAAAGCAGCCUCAGGAUCUGGCGAGGCACUGCAAUUUAAAGUUCUGGCCACAUAGAUUAUGACCCAGUACCAGCCGCAGACGCUGAUCAACCUCUCCAGCUUCUCCAGUACCGUGAAAGCCGACCCCAGCUCCACCCCUCCCCUCUCCACCAGCAUGGCCAACAGCACCACUGCUGCCCCGAGCAAGGUGCUGGGGACCCCCGGUCCUGCCGGGAGGCUGAGCCCCGAGGGCACACAGGUGCUCAGCAAGAAGAAGCUGCAGGACCUGGUAAGGGAAAUCGACCCAAACGAACAGCUGGAUGAGGACGUUGAAGAGAUGCUGCUGCAAAUCGCCGACGACUUCAUAGAGAGCGUGGUGACUGCCGCGUGCCAGCUGGCACGCCACCGCAAGUCCAACACCCUGGAGGUGAAGGACGUCCAGCUGCACCUGGAGCGCCAGUGGAACAUGUGGAUCCCCGGCUUUGGUUCUGAUGAGAUCCGGCCCUACAAGAAGGCCUGCACUACAGAAGCCCACAAACAGAGGAUGGCACUGAUCCGUAAAACAACCAAGAAGUAGUAGCACUGGAGGAAGCUGGACGGACACACUCUGAUUCUUGUACCUUUUUCCUUUAUUUUUAAAAUCUGGGUUUGUCUGGGUUGGGUCGCUGGCUGCAGAAGAUAAGAUGUUGGGAAAUCCCCGAGUUAUGAUGUGUUUAAGGACCUGAUAUCAUGUACAUUUUUAAGACUAGG